AUGACGCCCUGCAUCUUUCUGGUCUUCGAGGCGACGACGCUGUUCGCGUCCUUGUUUCAGCAGAUCGGCAUCGUCUUCGUCACCCUGGUCCUGGGAUGGUGGCUAAGCCUCGCCAUCAACCGUCUGUGCUGCUCCAAGGGAAAGCCGCCGCCGCCACGCUGCGACAGCGAGCACGGAUUCAUGACGGCCUCCCAGCUGUCUCGCACAGGCUACUACGUGUUGUCCGGCUCCCAGGACAUGGGCGGCGAAAUGGCCAGGGGCAUGGGACACUUCAACGUCGACGUCGUCGAGCUGCAAACGACCAGCGAGAGCUCGAUGAACGACGCCUUCCAGGAAAUCACCGAGCGGCUCUUCAAGAGACAUGCAUCGGACGCACCCCUUCACGCGCUCAUCUGUAACGUUGGUAGCGCUGACCUCGGAGAGCUGGAGUGGAUUAGCGAGCGAGGCCUUCUGCAUGCAUUCGACAACACGGUAGUGUCCACUAUGAGGCUGGUCAACCGCUUCUUGCCCAUGCUGCGUGAGGCUGGCGGAAGGGUGGUCGUCUGUGCUGGACCUUCUGGUCGAAUCGCAGUCCCUGGAGCGGGAGUCUACAGCGUGCUCAAUGCCGCGUUGAUAUCUUUCGCCGACUGCCUCCGUCGCGAAAUGGCGAAGUUCAGGGUUCACGUCGUCCUAGUGGAACCCGUAUGGCUGAACUACAG